AUCGUUGAUGUUCAUUGCCACCCAACUGACUCUGCUACUUCUUCUAAUUCCAUGGAUUCUCUCAAAAUCACCGUUUGCGCGAUGUCCACCAAGACAUCCGAUCAGCAGCGAGUCCGGGACUUGGCAACCUUGUACCCACAGAAAGUCGUGCCAUGUUUUGGUUAUCAUCCGUGGUUCACUCACCUGAUUGCCGUUGACGAAAAUUUGUCAAAGGAGGCCCAUUAUCGCAGCCUUUUCAACUCAUCAGUCAAAGUACAUGACGUCGAUGUCCUCGCUAAGCUCUGUCGUUCGCUGCCAGAUCCCACACCACUCAGCUCCGUUCUUGCAGAACUUCGGCACAAUCUCUCCAGCUUUCCGAAUGCGAUGCUUGGGGAAGUUGGACUGGAUCGCGCGUGUCGCGUCUCUUUCGAACAUUUGGCUACUCCCAGGGUUUUGAGCCCCUUUACAGUCCCACUGAACCAUCAAAUUGUUAUUCUAGAGGCUCAAGUAGACCUGGCAGUCGAAUUUGGUCGUAACAUCAGCAUCCACAGCGUCAAGGCUCAGGGCGCAACACUGGAAUUUCUAAGCAGAAUGAAAACGAAACAUGGAGAUAGGUGGAAUGAAAUUAGUAUAGACCUGCACAGUUGUGGGCUCAGCAAAGAAACUUGGCUAGAUAUUGAGAGGAAAUACCAAAACGUUUUCUUAUCACUUUCGAAUGUGAUUAACAGUCGCCAUCCUGACCAUCGCGCACUGCUAGCUGCUUGCGCCUCCAACCGUAUCCUGGUCGAAUCUGAUUAUCAUGACAUU